AUGGCUAAGAAGGUCGUGCCGUCGCGUGUCAGAAUUGAGCUUUUCGACAUGUAUCACUACCUCGUCAGUCGAUUCGAGGACACGAACAACACAGCAAAGACAAUGACUAAGAGUCAUGCGCGAUAUGUACAUGAAGAGUCGUUGGAGAUGAUGAACAUCAGGAUUACGUCUAAGGGAUGGAUGAAUCGCAACGUUUUCAUGGGAUGGCUGAAGUUGUUUGACGAUGGACUCGCCGAGCGGUCCCUUCUCCUACUCGACUCUUGUCCAGCACACAGUAACAUCGACAUGCGUGACCCGGAAACCAACACCCCAUGGAAGCAUCUCCGUAUCCUCCAACUACCCAAGAACUCAACCUCCUCUUCGCCUGUUGCACAGCCCCUCGACGCCGGAGCUUUCAGCGUUUUUAAACGCGUCUUUUUGGAGAUGCUCAGUCAGGAAACAUGUAUCGUCAGGGACUACGACAACGCCAAGGCAAUCAGCAAUGGCCAAGCUUGGUCACUCUUCUCUUACGCCUGGAACAAGGUUAAGGAGGCCUUUCACGUCCAAGUUAUCAUAUGGUGGGCCGCUAAGCCGUCGACAAUCAGGAAUUGCUUUGCUCACGUCCCAGCCCUUCCAGAAGCGGUGCGAGAGGACCUUCGGAGAAGACCAUCAUACGCGGAGGAACAGCCCGAGCUGGCAGAGUACUCGCUACGCAACAACUACAAGGAACAGGAGAAAACACAUAUCUCGACAAUAUCCAUAGCGACUAUGGGAUGA